AUGACAGGAGGCAAGGAAGAUAACAAUGCAGAGCUGGCUUCUAUGUCCCCGUUUCCAAAAAAAUGCAAAGGUGAAAAGCAUGUAUCUUUCCCACCGGAUGAAGAGAUAGUCUCAGGCUUCGCUGAGCACAAGGACGCAUUGAGGGAGGCUGACAGCAUCACCUUGAUGGAAGUGAUAUCAGCCUAUAAAAGGAGUUGUCUGAAGCACCAAGUGGAACCCAAAUCAAAGAUUUUGGAGCAGCUCCAGGAAGUUACCAACUUGACAACUAGGGCCAGAUGCCUAGAUCUGAAAGGUGAACGAUUAGAUUACCAUGUGUGUGAAUCUCUUGAAGAUAUACUGAAAUUAGUGCAGUUUGAUUUCAUCAGUCUACGGGAGACAGAACUGGAGGAGAAUGGAGCCUCCUCCUUGUUGGAUAUGAUUUUAUACUAUGAAUCAACAACACAUCUUGACAUCUCGUCCAACACAAGUAUUGGAGUUUCUGGCUGGAAAGCGCUCUCUCAUUUGAUUCAGCAGAGCGGUUGCCUAUGGAGACUGGAUGCCUGCAACAUGCCCAUCUCAGAGUACCCGGCACAGGCCCUGUCAAAAGCCCUUCUCACCAGCAGGCUGGCGGUGUUGCGUCUCGAAAACACCUGCCUAAGUGGCAGGCCCCUCUUCACACUCGUUGGGACUCUGAAGGGGAACACAGCCCUACAAGAACUCUCUCUUGCCAACAAUAACCUCAACAGUUUCCAAGACGCCAUGCAACUGGGAGAACUUCUCAAGUACAGCAGUUGUAUAAAGUCACUGGACCUGAGCAAUAACCAGAUUUCAGAUCCAGGACUGGAAGAAAUAUGUGAGGGGUUAAGAGUUCAGAAAUUUGGGAUAAGAAACCUGGUGCUUUGGAACAACCAAAUAACUCACAGGAGCAUGGUCCAUCUGGCAAAGGUUUUGCCCCUUGUAACACUUGAAACACUGAAUUUGGGACAUAACGAGCUGCAGAAUGAUGGGAUCCAGAUACUUAAAGAGCCUCUGAUUGCCAACCGGUCUAUCCUGCGCCUGGGCCUGGCCCACACAAAAAUUAGUUGCGAAGGUGCUGUGACGCUUGCCGAGUUCGUCGCUGAAAGUGCGCAAAUCCAGCGACUUGACAUUCGUAAGAAUCCGGUCCGAACUGGCGGUGUAAUGGCGCUCUCGCUGGCUCUGAGGAUCAACCGGUCUCUGGUCAGGGUGGACCUGGACAGAAACCUGAAAGAGGAGAAGCACUUCCACCUUUCGGCUGAAGGUUAUUACGGUGUGACUUUGCGCUCCUCUCCAAGUUGCCCUCCGCGAGCUGUGCUCCCGGAGCCACGGUGGACCGCGGAGCCGGGUUCCUUUCCCUGUCCCUCCAGCUGGAUCGUCAGGGCCGCCGAGGAAGCUCCCCUGCUGGGGGGAGUGUGGCAGUCCCUGUCCCUGUCACACCGUCCCUGCCUGCCCGGGCGCCAUGGAGGGGAGAUAAUUGGAUUUGUUGUCACCUCCAGUAGCUGCCAGGAGCUGGCGUCUGCUCUGGUUAGGGAUGAAGACAUCACCGUGACAGGACCCUGA